UCCAGACCCCGGUUCCUUAGAAACCAGGCGGCGCGUUCCCGGUGGCUGCGCGCUAGAUUCUGGGGCCCGUGCGUCCCCGCCAGCCUUCCUCAAGGAGGGCUGGUGGCCGCCGAGACCCGUCCAGACCCUUGGUCUCCGGUGCGGCGCAGGGCGGGGCAUGCCAGUUUGCCAGAAAGAUCUCUGCAGUAUGAGGAAUGGAUGAAGGAAGGAAAGAAUGGAAGCAAGAGAGAUCAAGUAGAAGGUUGUUGCAGUCAUCCAGGAGCCAUGUGUGACCAGGACUGGGGGAUGGUCGUACUCAUGCUGGAGACUCUUGUGAGGAGAUGAGUUGGUGAACAGAGAAGCCAGCAUGAAGAUGCUUCCCGGAGUGGGCGUGUUUGGGACUGGCAGCUCUGCCCGGGUUCUGGUCCCACUGCUGCGGGCAGAAGGGUUCACGGUGGAGGCCCUGUGGGGGAAGACUGAGGAGGAGGCGAAGCAGCUUGCCGAGGAGAUGAACAUCACCUUCUACACCAGCCGGACCGAUGACGUCUUGCUGCAUCAAGACGUGGAUCUGGUGUGCAUCAACAUCCCCCCUCCGCUUACCCGACAGAUAUCUGUGAAGGCUCUAGGCAUUGGGAAGAAUGUGGUUUGUGAGAAGGCAGCAACCUCGGUGGAUGCCUUCCGGAUGGUGACAGCCUCGCGCUACUACCCACAGCUGAUGAGCCUGGUGGGGAACGUGCUGCGCUUCCUGCCUGCCUUCGUGCGCAUGAAGCAGCUGAUUGCCGAGCACUACGUGGGUGCAGUGAUGAUCUGUGAUGCCCGCGUCUACUCGGGCAGCCUGCUCAGCCCCAACUACGGCUGGAUCUGUGAUGAGCUCAUGGGCGGUGGGGGCCUGCACACCAUGGGCACCUACAUUGUGGACCUGCUGACCCACCUGACUGGCCAGAAAGCCGAGAAGGUACAUGGGCUGCUCAAGACCUUUGUGAGGCAGAAUGCAGCCAUCCGUGGCAUCCGGCAUGUCACCAGCGAUGACUUCUGUUUCUUCCAGAUGCUUAUGGGUGGGGGUGUGUGCAGCACAGUAACACUCAACUUCAACAUGCCAGGCGCCUUUGUGCACGAGGUCAUGGUGGUGGGCUCUGCGGGACGCCUUGUUGCCCGGGGAGCUGACCUCUACGGGCAGAAGAACUCUGCCACACAAGAGGAGCUGCUGCUGAGGGACUCGCUGGCUGUGGGCACGGGGCUCCCCGAGCAGGGGCCCCAGGAUGUCCCGCUGCUUUACCUGAAGGGCAUGGUCUACAUGGUGCAGGCCCUGCGCCAGUCCUUCCAGGGGCAGGGGGACCGCCGCACGUGGGACCAUACCCCCGUCUCCAUGGCCGCCUCAUUCGAGGAUGGGCUCUACAUGCAGAGCGUGGUGGAUGCCAUCAAACGGUCGAGCCGAUCCGGGGAGUGGGAGGCUGUGGAGGUGCUGACGGAGGAGCCUGACGCCAACCAGAACCUGUGUGAGGCGCUCCAGCGGAAUAACCUCCCUGACCUGCUCUGGAUCCUUCACUAUCUAGCGGGACACACAGGCUCCUACCACUGUCUGCCCUCAUCUCCUGGCUUAUUCCUUGCAGCUGAAUCCCUCUGGAGCCCUCCAAGAAGUCUUUCCUCAGCAAACAGGACUUAAGACUUCAGGGGGCCAAUCAGGCCUGACGUUUAAGGGGAGAUAGUGGGAGAGUUCGAGGUCUCCCUGGGCUGGAGGUCAGGAAGGGUUCUGUUCUUGAAACCAAGGGGUUGGCUCCAGAGGAGCCCUGGGAGAGGAGGGGUGAGGAGUGGCCCCAGGGAGGCUAGACGGGGUGAACUGGAGGAAGGCGCUGCCCCUCGGAAGCAUUGUAGCCGGGGUGUAGCCGAGCACUGCCUGGCCUAGCCAGCCAGUCUCCAGCUCUGCUUUUACUAACCUGUUCUCCCCACAGGAAGAGGCUUUUAACCCUGUCAGUCAGAGGCAGGUGGGGCAGGACGGUGGGAAAGGACACAUCGACUCCUUUGUUCCUCUGCCAGAAUUAAGUCUGGACCAGACUCUCCCCUUCUCUAAGCUUCCCUCUUUCUGGCCUGCUGUGGACUCCUCACCAGAAAGAGAGAGGCUCAGAGAGGGCUCCCUCUUCCUCCUGGCACCCUUUAUAGGAGUCACCAGGCCUAUUUUCCUGUAUUGUCCUGGUUUCAGACCUUGUCUUUGUGAGGUAAAAUAACAGUGGCUAGUGUUGGGGUGUACUUACUGCAUAUUGGGGCCCCAGGGAUAGAUGGUUCACGUGUAUUAUUCUAUUUAAUAUCCAAACCACUCUACGAGGUACUACUAUUAAUAUUCCCGUUAUUCAGAGCAGAGAGGGGCAAAGUUACUUGCCUCCUGUAAGUUAUAAGUGACAGAGCUAGGAGCCUGGUCAGGGUCCUCUUACUACAGAGCCUGACCCUGAACUAUUCCUUCCUUAGUGCCUGUGGCAUCUCAGACUCUUGAGUGCCCAGGCAUUGCCCUUCCCCGCUCGGGUCCUCAUCCAGGUUACAUUCCUCUCUACAGCAGGAAUCUCAGCCUGGCCUGAACUAGUAGGUGGACUGUAGAAAGAACCCCACCAGGCAGGAUGCUGGUAGAGGUGAAGGAGGAGAAGCUGCUCCCUUCCUCCCGGCUCAGCUCCAGGUCAUCCUUCUGUGUGUUAACAGGAUGUUGAGAUCCCCCCUAAAUUUGGGUAUUGACCAAGAAAGCACAUGCAUCCAUUGCAUCCGACUCAGAUGCUCUUACUUAAGAAAGGGCCAUGUUAUUGACCCACAGUGGCACUUAGGUUUUAUAGGACUGCAAUAAAACCUCUGGUUUACAAAGAUGGAUUCCAACCAAGUCCUGGGGCCGACUGUACAUGGGCUUAGGGCAGAGCUACUCUUGAGGACCCAGGUCCUCUGUUGGUACUCUGCAGAACCUAGGUCCAUGGCCAUCCCUCAGACAUCUUUACCAUCUUGUAUCUCUUGGAUUGGUGUGGGGGAGGAGAGGUACCAUGAAGUGGCCCAGAUGCCUGUUCCCAAGGAAGCCAGCAGGGUUCUGGUUCCCAGAGGUGACAGUCAACUGGUUCCAGGCUUGUCCUGCAGCUCCCCCUCCUGGAGGAAGUCAGCAUCACCUUCCAGGACCUGUUUCCCAAAUCUCAGGAUCUUCCUUGGGUCAAAAUAAAGUUUUUCCAAGCCAAUGAAAAGGCAGUUAGCUUUUCCUCUCUCUUACAGCAAGCAGAAGAGAGCUUCCAGAAUACCUUUUGCUUAUUUUCCAACCCCCAACCAAAUCUAGGCCUCGCACUCACCCAGACAAUGGCAGCAGCCUCCUCACCUCCCUAUCGCCAGUCUUUCCCUUCCUUAUUCGGCCCUUCACGCUGAUGCCCAAGCAACCUCUCCAAAACGUCAGGCCAAUAUCCCUCGUUGCCUACACCCAGCCUGGUCUGAUAGCCAGGCCUCUGCUUCAGCCAUGCUAAAUGGCCCUCCUACAUGGGGCUGACAUCUUCCACACUAGUGAGGCUUCAUCCCUGGCAUAUCCUCUGAUUGGAAGGCCACCCAACUCUCUCCUUCAGGAAGCAGCUGGAGAGCUGCCUCUUCACUCCUGCAGGCAAAGUGGCAGUCACUCCCACUACCUGUGGCGCCACAGCUCUGGUCCUCAGCCCUUCCGUUAUCACGUCUCCUUGAAUUAUGCUGCCUUAGCAUUACACACUUAGAGUGAGCUUCUAGGAGUGGUAGUGGUGUCUUGUUCCUUUCUGUGGCUACUAUCACCCACCCUGCUUAGACAAGCCUGACAAGUGAGUAAGCCCUCAGGAAACAGACUGACUCUUCUGUGGUUACUGAGUAUUUCCUACGUCACCUGUGAAGAAAUAGGAACAGAUCUUCCUUAUCAGUGCUGGCCUGACCGACACCUCCAGCCCUGGAGACCACACAGAGAAAGGAGAUGCUCAGCCUUCUUGGGUCAGGCCUUAGCCAGAGAGCCCCCAGGUUCAGAGAUCUUCAGGGCUCAGGAAAGGGCAGGCCCUCCCUGGGCCCCAGGGUGUGGUCUCAUGCAAGGCCACUCCUUUGCAGGCCUCUGCUUCCUCAGCCAUAAAGUCAGGAGAUCAAACUCAGUUAUCUUGAAGAGCCCUCUACCUCUAAAAUUCCUGGAGAAUUCGUGCUCAUCCCUAUGGACAGCGUUUCAGUCUGCAUGGUCCCUGUAGAAGUAUCUCCUAGCUCAGUCAGGUCACUGCCCAGGGAGAAGUGUGGGCAAAAAAAUAAAUGUCCUGAUCCCACGGCUUGCCCUGAGGCCUUGUCAUGGGGCCAGUGAGCAUCCAAGUGACCCUUAAAAGAGGGAACAGCCUGGGAUUAUGCCCAUUUUCUUCCUAUUUCCUCCAUAUGGGCCUGCCCACCCCCUCCCUUCCUGGAUGGCCAGGCCAUUCUUACAGGGGCCCCCCCCAUAUGGUCCUGGACUUUGGAUGGCCUCAGCCUUUCAGAUCCUAACCUGUCCCUCUCUGCAGCUUCCUUGGCUCCCCACCUUGGUCUCCUUAUCUUGGUGCCUUUCAUGGGGCCCCUCUGUUAGGUGGAUGCGGUGCAAUGACACAUGGCCUUGGGGAGUUCACAGUCUAGUCCCCGAAAUAGUUAUAUAACCCACAGUGGUAGUAGCGUGUAGAUGCUACAAUGCAGGGCAAUACAGCACUGGGUGCUGCCUGGCUCAGCAGGAAGCAAGGCGCCGUGAGUCUUCAAGGGUACAUGUUAUACUAGCCAGGUUGAGGGUGAAGAAAUAAAGGCAUUUUAGGCAGGGGAAGCCCCACAGGCAGAGAGGGAAGGUAAGAAAAGGUGGAGUUGGUCAGGGAAUUACAGGAAGCCACUAAAAAGUUUUAAGGUAGUUGGGGUAAAACGAGCAGGGUGCUAGAGGGGUAGCAACACCAUCAGGGGUUCAGGAGUGUGUAGCAGAAUCAUUGGGUGGGUUGGUGGGGCAAGGGCCCACCGGCAGGGAGACUAGUGAGCUCUCACCUGGAGAUGACAGUGUCCCAGGCAAGGGUGCUGACGGGUGUCCGAGAGAUUCUGUGUCUGAGAGGGUAGAUUCACCUGCCUUCAUGCCUGAUUAGCUGGCAGGAGUCAAUGAGCAAAGAAUAGGAUGGGGUCUGGGGUGAUAUCAGGAUUUUGGCUUGAACAACUGUGUAGAUGAGAAGCAGGAAGAAAAGCAGGUUGGAGGGAGGAGAAAUCCAUUUAAUCUGGAAUUCCCUGUGUUUACGAUGUCUGAGGGACAUGCAAGAGGACCAGGAGGCAGCAGGAUAGGGGCUUUCCAAAAUGGCCAGCACUGGCCCCCUCUUCCCAGAGACCCCUGAGGAUCAGGCGCCGCAGUCAUCCAGUGGCUCAGCCACAGGGGUCCAAAGAGAACAUUCACCUCUACCACCACCCCUUGCCUGCCAGAAAAAGGCACCAAUUCCUCUGUCACCAGGGGCCACUCUGGGGGCAAAGUCUGGUCCAGCUGUGAGAGCUGCCCCUCCUGGGACAGGCAAAUGAACUCUGCCACCUCAGAAGGAAGAUUCCAAGUGUUGGUCCCCUCAAGGUCAGAUCAACGCAGGCCCCUUCCCUGGGAGACAGGGAGUAAGGCCAAGCACCCGCUUCCCAUGAUGUGACAGUUCUUUUCCUUUCUCUUCCCCAAGUUCUUCCUUACCAACCGCCUUUCCAUCCCCACUGUUAUCUUGUCUGACCUUCAGGUUCAUCUGAGGAGGUUUUAAAUGCACAGAACCAGGCCCCGCCCCUGCAGAUUCUGAUUCAUUUAGGCCUGGGGUAGUGCCCAGGAAUCUAUAUUUCUGUCAAGUUCUUGGGCAAUCCAGUUCACUCUACUGGGGAAUCCUCCACCCUUCUUCCCAGCCUCUCCCUCUUCAGGCAUCUUAUUUGGGGGAUCACAGUCUGAGAAAAGGAAAAACGUUUAUUUUUAGCAAACCCAAGAUCCCAAGUAGGGGUAGGGGCAGAAUCCCCUCUUCCACCUGAGUGCCUAGGGCCAUAGACUGCUGCUCUGGUUCAGGCUUGGGAGAAGGGGAGCCCCCAGUGGGGCAGGACAGUCACUUGUACUGAGGAGAGGGUGGGGGUGCAAGUGGGGCAGCGCAGACACUUAGCAUCUUGUUGGUGUCCACCUGAGUUGACUUGAGCAUCUCAGCCUUGAGGCAACCGCUGACGCCCAGGCUGGGCAAACCCCCAGGCUCCUCGCCAGCUUCCUCUCCCAGGGGAACCAGAGUGUAGGUGGGGGUCAUGAACAUAUUGGGGCAGGGCAAAGUGAGGCCUGAGCCCAGCUCACCUGCCGUUGGCAGCAAGGCCUACAGUUGUUCCACACCUGUCUCCUUGGGGAUGAGGGCCAGCUCCGACUCAGGCUUCACCUCAGCCUCGGCCUCCCUGUCCCCCUCCCGUGCCUGGUUCAGCUCAGGGUUGCAAUAGUUGAUGUACUGGUACAGGGGCCGCAGGCGCUGGGCCUUUCCUGCAAGGACCCGGGGCAGGGCAGGUGCUGGAGCGCCAAGCUGUGCCAUGUCAGGGGUCCAGCAGGCGGGGGAUAAAGGGAAGGCCCGGGGAAUGCCACUCACGCUCCAGUCCUAAGGUCUCUGAGGACGCAGACACUGUGCUGGCCACCACAGGGAGCACUGGGGUUCCCACACUCUUGCGCUUCUUGGCUUUUUUGUGCUGUUUGGCAGACGGCAAGGGCUCACUCUGGCUACUCUCCCGCUCCUCCCUCUGCAGCGGCAUCCCCUGUGGCAGCUCAGCUUCAGCCCUAGGAUGGGCUUGGUGGCUAGGUCCUGGGAGGCUAGGGGACAAGAAGUCCUGAGGAGCCAGCCUCCAGCCUUGGCUCCUGUGCCCUGUCCUAGGGAAUAGCCCUGUCUACCUACCACCCCAGGCCCAGAUUCUUGUCCCUUUCCUGGUCAGUGAGGCCCGGGGCUGGACAGGGGCCAAGAGCUCAUGAGUUCAGCCCCUUACAAGGCUUUGAGACUCCCUCUCUGGAUGUUCCCUACAUCAGAGCUCUUGAGGGACAGAAGAGGGGAGGAGUGAUGGUGGUGGCAGAGGAUAAGUAUGUACACUGCAGGAAUGCCCGAUUUAGGAAUCCUACGGAAUCCACCCCCAUUCCACCUCCCCAGCCCUUCAGCUUCUUCCCUCUGAAAGCCCCCUCACUUGACCAGCUUCCUCUUCAGACCAUGACUGGUCCUCACAAUGGAGGCCAUAGGCCUGGGGCCUUUCUCCUCUAGUGCCUGCACCUCUGGCUUGUGCCUCUCUUCCUCCAGCUUGAGUCUUUCCUCCUGGAUCUUUGGCUCUGAGACUGGCCCUGUUGGGCACUUGUCUUCACCCUGGGUUUGGCAGGCUUCAUGGGCUGGCACUAGGCACUGGUCUCCCAUAACUGGACACUAGAGGUGACACAUAGGUAACUGGUCACCAUGGCCAGGCAAAGGAUACAGGGAUCAGCCAUUAGAUACCAAAUACAGAUGAAGGGCACCAGCCCAUGCCCCUCCCAGGCUGUGGAGCCUGUCCUGGCAGUUAGGGGGUCAUUGCACAGAAGCUGGUCUCCUAAAGCUCUGUGGCCAAGUGUUUGAAGGCUAGACAGCCUAAUGGUCACCUCAGAAUUCUGCGCAUGGCCACCAGGCACCUCCGUAAGCUGUGACUGUCCCAAUGCUGUUCCCUCUUGGGCCCCUGGCCGCUUCUCAGCCCCUGCUGAGGCCAUGG